AUGACCGAACGGCCCUUACUCUGUCCUAUUUUCUUCUGUCUUACUUAUUCUGUGAUUGCAAAUGCAAUCUCCAUGGUUCAAGCUCAUGGAUAUGAUGCAAUGGUGGAUGAACAAAAUUGUGUUUUCCUCCUCCCUCAUCGCCCGAGGAGCCAAAUAAGUGAACCCCCGUUCUUUCUCUUCAUGAAAGGGACAGGUUGGUGUGGUGCCGGAGGGGACCAUUACGAGCCUCUUAUAGCCCAUCCUUGCUCUCUCGUUUCGCAGGAGAAGGUUGCACUGGUGCUCUGA